CAGACCUGUUCUGAUUGGAAGGUCACGAAGGUGGGGAGAGCUCUCCUCGCCGCUCAGGUGAGCUGGAGAAACCUCCCCUUCAACCGCUGAAGCUCCUCGGACAGAAAAAACGGCAUUCCAGCUCUGUUGACGGGCAGCCGGUGGUGAAGAGGAAGAAGGGGCCCGCCCCCAAGAUGCUGGGCAAUGAGGUGUGCAGCGUGUGCGGGGACAAGGCGUCGGGCUUCCACUACAACGUGCUGAGCUGCGAGGGCUGCAAGGGCUUCUUCCGCCGCAGCGUCAUCAAGGGCGCGCAGUACGCCUGCAAGAGCAGCGGCCGCUGCGAGAUGGACAUGUACAUGAGGCGCAAGUGCCAGCAGUGCCGGCUCCGCAAGUGCAGAGAGGCGGGCAUGCUGGAGCAGUGCGUCCUGUCGGAGGAGCAGAUCAGGCUGAAGAAGAUGAAGAAGCAGCACGAGGACGAGUCUGCGCGCGCCUCGUCGGUGGCCACGCCCACGCCGCCCUCGGAGCUGCUCAGCCUGGGCCCCGAGCAGCAGGCCAUGAUCGACAAGCUGGUGGCCAUGCAGAAGCAGUGCAACAAGAGGUCCUUCAUCGACCGGCCCAAAGUCACCCCCUGGCCCCUGAGCCAGGACCCCCAGAACAGGGAGGUGCGUCAGCAGCGGUUCGCCCACUUCACAGAGCUGGCCAUCAUGUCGGUCCAGGAGAUCGUGGACUUUGCCAAGCAGCUCCCCGGCUUCCUGGAGCUGACCAGAGAGGACCAGAUCGCCCUGCUAAAGACCUCCACCAUCGAGAUCAUGCUGCUGGAGACGUCCCGGAGGUACAACCCGGCCAUCGAGAGCAUCACCUUCCUCAAGGACUUCAGCUACAACAAGGAGGACUUCGCCAAAGCAGGGCUGCAGUUUGAGUUCAUCAACCCCAUCUUUGAGUUCUCCAAAGGGAUGAACGACCUCCACCUGGACGAGGCCGAGUACGCCCUCCUCAUCGCCAUCAACAUCUUCUCUGCAGACCGGCCCAACGUGCAGGACCACGACCUGGUGGAGCGCCUGCAGCAGCCCUACGUCGACGCCCUGCGCGCCUACAUCUCCAUCAAGAGACCCAACACGGCCCCCUCUCCUCUGAUUGGUUCCCAGGACCACCUGAUGUUCCCCCGCAUGCUGAUGAAGCUGGUGAGCCUGCGCACGCUGAGCUCCGUGCACUCGGAGCAGGUGUUCGCCCUGCGGCUGCAGGACAAGAAGCUGCCCCCGCUGCUCUCCGAGAUCUGGGACGUCCACGAGUGACCGCCUCCCCCCUGGACCCGCCCCUCUCCCCACCUGGCUCCUCCCAGCUCCCCCUGGACCCGCCCCUCUCCCCACCUGGCUCCUCCCAGCUGCCCCUGGACCCGCCCCUCUCCCCACCUGGCUCCUCCCAGCUGCCCCUGGACCCGCCCCUCUCCCCACCUGGCUCCUCCCAGCUCCCCCUGGACCCGCCACCCUCCCCACCUGGCUCCUCCCAGCUGCCCCUGGACCCGCCCCUCUCCCCACCUUGCUCCUCCCAGCUCCCCCUGGACCCGCCCCCCUCCCCACCUGGCUCCUCCCAGCUCCCCCCUGGACCCGCCCCCCUCCCCACCUGGCUCCUCCCAGCUCCCCCCUGGACCCGCCCCUCUCCACACCUGGCUCCUCCCUGCUCCACCUGGCCCCACCCCUCUCCCCACCUGGGUCACCCCCACCUCAGCUGGCUCCUCCCUGCUCCACCUGGCCCCACCCCUGCCCCACCUGGCUCCUCCCUGUCCCACCUGGCUCCUCCCUCCCAAGCCCUGGAGGGGCGGAGCCAUCAGACUCUCGACGGCCCGUUAACCGUUGGGACAGACUUGGUGGUGUUCUUCUGACAUGGACUGGUUCUACGUGUGCAGAAUGAUAUAGAUCUAUUUUACCUUCAUUCUUUCUGGGCUCUCCUGUGUCCAGAGACCCCCUCUCCUGAGAGGGGGUCUCUGAUUGGACGGUAGGAUCCUCUAACACGGGGCUCUGAUUAGACGGUAGGGCCCUCUAACACGGGGGUCUCUGAUUGGACGGUAGGACCCUCUAACACGGGGGUCUCUGAUUGGACGGUAGGACCCUCUAACACGGGGGUCUCUGAUUGGACGGUAGGACCCUCUAACACGGGGCUCUCUGAUUGGACGGUAGGACCCUCUAACACGGGGGUCUCUGAUUGGACGGUAGGACCCUCUAACACGGGGGUCUCUGAUUGGACGGUAGGACCCUCUAACACGGGGCUCUCUGAUUGGACGGUAGGACCCUCUAACACGGGGGUCUCUGAUUGGACGGUAGGACCCUCUAACACGGGGCUCUCUGAUUGGACGGUAGGACCCUCUAACACGGGGGUCUCUGAUUGGACGGUAGGACCCUCUAACACGGGGGUCUCUGAUUGGACGGUAGGACCCUCUAACACGGGGCUCUCUGAAGUGCAAAGAGCUCCUUUUCUGUCAGCCUCUUGCUCUUCCUGUCGUGUUGACUCUGCAAAGAGCAGAAUCCAGCUUCUAUCUAUAUAGAUCUAUAUAGAUAUACAUCUAUGGAUCAGGCUUGCAGGCUAGUUUUGAUGUGCACAAAUUAAUAUAUGUAGAAGGUUGUUUUAUAGUGGACUUCUUUACCUCAAUUCUAAUGUUGUUAAUGGCAAUGCUUUCAGCAGAUCUUGGCUCUCUAACAUUACAGUCCAUAGAAAAUUCCAGCUGCCAAUGAAUAGGUGGUGACCUCUGACAGUAGAAUAGGUUCUACACAUCUGAGGAACAGAUGAUCCUGCUCUGCAUUGAAUUAGUUUGGUCCCAAAUACAAAUCAUUGGGUUAGGGUAUUAAAUCACAUUUGAUCAUCAGAACUAGUUUGAAAGAUAUAUUGUACAAUUGUCAGAUACUGAUAGCAUUAGUUUUAUGUAAAAUAUACAUGUCAGAUUUUGAUUACAUGCUUAUAGGACUGAAAAUGAGCAGAAUAGAUCAUUGUUUUAAUUUAGUGCAAAGGGUCAUGUCUGCAUGAUUCAUCAUUCUUUACUUUUUGCUCUUUAAUACUUCAAGCAGAGCUUGAACUUUGGAACAAAUAUGUCCCUUCAUUGAGUGAUUUGUCAUAAAUGAUGACAACGGCUGGGGUGGGUUGAAUACAGCAGGGUUUAUCGUUCCACAACUUCUAAUAGCUUACAGAAAUGGGUUGAUACUUGGAUAGAUGGUGGUUGAUACUUCAGUAUGUAUCAUGCCUGGGGUUUUAACUGCAGCCAACGCUACAUUAUUUGAAAGUAUGUAUAAUACUGAUAAUACCAUCACCAACUUGGUUAUUGAAAAGGUGGAGGCUCAUUACAUCUGUCCAACCAUGAAGUGAUGCUUUUGUUCCAAGCUGCUGUGAAAGAGUUGCAUAGUACAAAGCUAAGGCAGAGCCCAACACUUUAAAGGCAGGGUUUGGCUCUCUGGAAGCAAUGCUCUAUAGAUGAGGCUAAUGUUGGCGCUAGAGCAUCCGGUUUCUUUCCAGUGUUGUGAUGAAGCAGCUUUCUGCUUGUUUAUCUUCUGGAAGAGAGACGAUAUAUCAUCACAGGGAUGUGGAAUUGGAUCUGAUAAAGUAUUAGGAUUUCGAGAUCUGGUAAAUGCAAACAUCUUUUAUAACUUAAAUAAGUUGAAAUGAGUCGAGUUCUGCUCUAAGUCUAUAAUGGUUGUACUGAGGUACACAUCUGACUGGUUUUCUAAUGAAGCUUUGAUCGAAGGCCCCUCACCUGUUUCCUAUGGAGGAAGUGCGGACAUGUUUUUAGCGUGGUACAGUAUAAUGGUUGUCAUGGGCGUCGAGGUUCCAUGCACAGACUGCCCCUCAGCCAGUGGCACCACUUCCUCGUAACACAGUUUACUAGACAAUGAGAAGCAGGUCCAAGUCACACAUGUGAAGCUACCAGGUUAGCGUAAUGCAUUGUUCUGAUGCAGCAAGCUGUGGAGGGUGUCUGAGGAAAUAAUUCAGAUAUUUAAUGGACUUAAAUUCACAAUUGAUCAAUGGCAAUAUGACCGCGGGGACAAAGAAUAUAUCAUGAGAGGUGCUAACAUGUUUUCAAACAUUUCCGUUUUUAUAAUUUUCAAAAUAAGUUGAUUUUCUGAUCUGAUGUAAAGGACUGAAUUGUUCUUAAGGUCUUACGGAUGGUUAACUAAUAAUUAAAGAAUGGUUAUAAAUUGACUCUGCUAAAGGGAUCGUGGGACAUCUUUAUUUUUAUAGAGGACAGGUUUUUCAUGAUGUCUCCCCUGUAAUUUGACCAGGAAAUGCUGCCGGAAAGAUAACGACAGAUUAACAGUAAAACUUGUUUCUCCAA